AUGAGGGCAGGCAAUUCUAGCAACCGUUACGUUGGAGUAUGGUAUAACCAAAUUUCUACCCAAACAGUUGUGUGGGUUGCAAAUAGAGACAACCCUGUCCCUGAUACCUCUGGAGUGCUAUCCAUAAAUGGAGAUGGAGGCCUAGUCAUCUAUGGAAAUAACCGAAGUUUUCCUCUUUGGUCUGCUAAUGUUACUCUCUCUUCUCCAAACAAUUCAAUUGCCAAGCUUCUGGAUACAGGAAAUCUUGUCUUGCUCGAGAAUGAGGAUAGUCAAAAGGUUCUAUGGCAAGGGUUUGAUUAUCCCGCUGAUACAAUGCUUCCACUUAUGAAAAUUGGUUUGGACAGGCGGUCUGGGCUAAACAGGUUCUUAACAUCUUGGAAAUCGAAAGAUGACCCAGGAACUGGAAGCUGUUCAUAUCGGCUUGACCCUAGUGGAUUUCCACAGAUAAUUUUGUACAAGGAUGGAGCUCCAUGGUGGCGGGAUGAAGUGGCAUCUUGGGUUGACCAGACAUGUUGUACUGCAACAAUUUUAGUGAACAAUGCAGAUGAGGUAUCCCUUAUGUCAUCAGCUAAGAACAAUCAGUCAAAUUUCUCAAGGACGGUGUUAGAUGAAUCAGGAACAUUUCGACGGUUCACGUGGAAUGAUCGAGCACAAAAAUGGACAGAAUUAUGGUCUGCUCCGAUAGAGCGUUGCGAUUUUUAUGGACAAUGUGGUCCAAAUGGUAACUGCGAUCCCUAUGUUACUAAUACUAUAGAUUGCAUCUGCCUUCCGGGGUUUGAACCCAAGUCGCCAACUGAUUGGUACUCGAGAGAUGGGAUAGAUGGGUGUGUAAAGAAAAAAGGAGUAUCUACAUGCCGAAAUGGGGAAAAAUUUGUGAAUCUGGAAAGUAUGAAAAUACCAGACUUGUCUAGGGCACUUGUUAAUAUGAAUAUGAGUAUGAAAGCGUGCAAGCAAGAAUGCUUGAAAAAUUGUUCUUGUGUUGCAUACAGUAGCAGCGACAAAACUGGAUGUGUGACAUGCUCAAUAUGCAAAGAAGUCAAAUGA